AUGGUUAGCGAAGGUCCGGGUGAAACUUUUUUGGAAUUCUCAAUAAAAUAUUUGGACGCUGUUUUUGGUGCCAGCGACACUCCUGAACUAGUAUUGCCUCGCAUCGAGGUUAACGAUCUAAGCACUUCAAACCCGAUAAAAGAUUCUUCUACCACCACUAGUGAUGAUUUACAGACGAAUAAAAAUGAAGUUCAAUCUAAUAUAUCCCUUCAGCAAGAGAAUGACAUUAAAGACAGUAAAAAAAACUCAUCAGCUUCAACUACACCUGCACAGGCUAAAUCUUCAACUGAUAUAAGAGAUACCUUUACCAACAUAACUGGUAAUUCAUCAGAAUCUUCCUCUGGAAAACCUUUCCCUGGCUUUGUAGAAGCUACUCUCAAAAGAAAGUCAUUUAUAGGCUUAGAAAGCAAUGAAAUAAGUUAUGCAUUAAAUUCUGAGUCGAUCACAGGAGAGCUUCACAUUGAGACGGAUAAUCCGUCGCAUUUAUUUUGGGUACCUGCACAUCUUCAUCCAGAAAUAGCUCCAAAUGAAUUCAGAAAAUGGUUAAAUAAUCAUGCAAAAGAUAGGUUCAAUACGGGAAUGGGCUCUUUGAGGAGGCGUAAAUCUACCUUAUCUAAGCAAUAUAUACCAACGGAAAAUGAUGAGGAUGAACAAUUAGAGAAAAAAGUGGAGCCUGAAAAAAAUCGGAGUGGUUUUGACCGGAAACCAUUCGCUACAUUCAAAGAGAAAACAUCCGAAUCAACAAAAAUUAAAACAAUACGAAGGAGUCUUAGUUUAAACUUCUCUCCUUUUAUAGGUAAGAAAGGUACCGAUACCGAUCCUAAAGAUCCGAACAUAUUUGACCGGCAUUCUUCUGCUACUGUAGAAUCUCCUGUUCUCAUUCCUAGAAUGGCGCCAGCACUUAAGCGUGCGGCACGUACAAAGAUUCGUCGAAAUUCAGUUGCUGGGGAACAAAAUCCGAGAAGGUUCUCUGCGCACAGAAGGACAAAAUCAACUCACGCGCUUCCCGACAAAGAUAAACGGAAUGGUGAUUUAUUACCGAUUAUCCCAAAAGACUCACCAGGGUCACUACUUUCUAAUGCUUUAACGUUAUCUCAAAAUGAGGGCUCUGAAUUAAUAGGCAAUGACAAGACAUU